AUGAAUGCAACAGAUGUGCUCGCUAAUGUAACAGAAGAAUUUUCAGCGAGCACUCAAAAGAACAAAUUCUGGACUUCUGUUUUUGGCAAAGAGUCAAGAAUAUCUGCAAAAGAGGUCCUGAUCAUAAUCUCAUAUAGUGCUAUAUUUAUAAUGAGCACAUUCGGAAAUCUACUCGUAUUUAGUAUUGUUAUUCGUAAUGCAAGUUUGCGGAGUGCCAAAUACGUUUUCAUCGCCAAUUUGGCUCUAUCAGACCUCUUGAUGACAGUUCUAAACAUACCUUUCAACGUCGUCGGAUUACUUCUCAACAACUGGCCUUUCGGUGACUUCAUGUGUUCACUGGUACCACUAAUGCAAGUGACUUUUGUGUAUGUUUCAACUUUUACCAUGACAUGCAUUGCUGUGGAUAGGUAUCGCAUUAUCAGUAAGCCACUAAGGCCCAAAAUGGCACCAAUGCAAGCUUUCAAAACAAUUAUAUGCAUAUGGAUAUCAGCAGCAAUCCUCUCUCUCCCACACGCCAUCUUCAGCGAAGUCGAUUCCUUCUUCACCUACAGACCUCUCACUCGCUGUCGAUCCGUAUACCCAGAGAACAUGAGCACCUGGAUUACGCUGGCCACAUUUAUCACUCAGUAUAUCUUGCCCUUGUCAGUCACUGGAAUCCUCUACUGCAUAAUCGUCGCAAAAAUUUGGUCUCGAAACACUCUGGGGGUUGUCACAGAGGCUCAGCUCAUUAGUCAAGCGAAAUCGAAGAACAAAACAAUCAAAAUGUUGAUUCGUGUGGUGAUUGUAUUCGCCAUGUGCUGGUUACCGCUGAAUGUGUUCUACUUACUUCACGAAUUCAAUGCUUUCCAGUUCAUCUACAAGUCAUCAACUCCCACCACUAUUUUUUUCAUCUGUCAUUGGCUGGCGAUGAGUUCCGUAUGUUACAACCCAUUUAUUUACUGCUGUUUGAACGAACAUUUCAGAGAAGGAGCUGUUCGUAACGGCACUAUAACUUCUUUCGACAAGAUAUGA